CUGCCUCGGCCACGCACUCAUGCCCGCCCUUGGACUCUCGGUAAGUUGAAUCGAAGAUAUUUCUAGGUUUAGUAUAGGUUAAAUCGGUUCUUGAGAGUUGAGACUUCAGUAAAUCGUUCAUUGUCAUUCUAUAAUAGUUAAAAAAUCCAGGAAUUGAUUGAAGAACACAUGUGUGAAGUAACAAAUUUUGAUCAUAACCGGUUAUUCAAUUCAUAGAAAAUCUCUAAUCAUUCUGCUGCAGAAUUGAGAGUUGAGACGUGAGUUUUGAGAUUGAUUAUUGACUUGAAUGGAACAUGUUUAUAUGCUCAAUGCUUCUAUGGUGUCAAUCUGUUACAAAAUGAAUAGCUGGAAACAAUAGAAUGAAAGCCCUUCGUCGUCUGUUUCCAAACACGAAGAAACGAUCUCCCGCCAAAAAAGCUUCUUUCACUCCGCUAUUCACUGAUGAAGCCGACUUUAUCUCUCUAAUUCAUGCCUCCAAGACCAUCAAACAACUCCAACAAAUCCACGCCCAAAUCAUCCUGCAACAGCAGUUUUCAAAUACUCGAAUCGUAACCCAGCUUAUUUCUUCCUCUUCUUUUCAAAAGAACUUCAUCAAUCAUGCUCUCUCCAUUUUCCGCCACUCGAAAAACCCAAAUUUGUUUCUUUUUAACUCAUUAAUCCGUGCACUUGCUGAUAACUCUUACUAUAUGAGCUCAAUUUCUUACUUUCUUGUCAUGUUGAGGUCGAAUAUUCGACCCAAUAGUUUAACUUUUCCAUUUGUUUUGAAAUCUACCACUGCAUUACAAGAGGGCUGGCUUGGUAUGGAGAUUCAUACUGAGAUUUUAAAGUUGGGUUUAUUAUAUGACCGGCUUGUUUUACUUUAUUUGGUGGAUAUGUAUGCCAAAGUUGGUUUAUUGGACAGUGCGUCACAACUGUUUGAUGAAAGUUCUGAAUGGGGGAAUGAGGCAAAAAGUACUUUGUUAUGGAACGUUUUGAUUAAUGGGUACUGUAAAGUGGGGAGAUGGGGUAAGGCCAUGGAAUUGUUUGAGGGAAUGCCGGAGAAAUAUGGUUCGACUUGGAGUACUUUGCUUAAUGGACUGAUGAAAGCUGGAGAGGUCUACAGAGCUAUGGAGCUUUGGCAUUCUGUAACAGAAAAGGAUGUGGUUUCUUGGACUACAAUGAUUCAUGGAUUUUCACAAAAUGGGCAGCAUGAAAAGGCACUAUCGAUGUUUUUUGAAAUGUUGGAGGAGGGUGUGAAGCCUAAUGAUCAGACUGUUGUUUCUGCACUUUUGGCUUGUGCAAAAGCUGGAGCUCUUGAGACAGGAGUGAGAAUACAUGACUAUAUCUCGAGCAAUGGCUUCACUUUGAAACGAGGAAUCAUGGCUGCUUUGGUAGACAUGUAUGCAAAAUGUGGAUCCAUUGAGAAAGCAAGUAGUGUAUUUGAUAUGGGAGAAGAGAAGGACCUUCGUACUUGGAGCGUUAUGAUAUGGGGUUGUGCGAUUAAUGGAUAUCUUGAAAAGGCUCUUCAGUAUUUCAACAAAAUGAGGUCGACAGGAAUCAAGCCAGAUGGGGUCGUUUUUCUUGCUAUCACAACUGCGUGUUUGCAUGCUGGGGAUGUGGAUCAGGGGCUUCAUUUCUUUGAUAAAAUGAAGUAUGACUAUUCCAUUGCACCCACCAUGAAGCAUUACGCAAUAAUGGUUGAUCUUUAUGGCAGAGCGGGUCGUCUCAAUGAAGCUUUAGGAUUCAUCAAAAACAUGCCAAUAGAUCCUGAUUUUGUCAUUUGGGGGGCGCUUUUCAGUGCUUGUCGAGUACACAAGAACAUCAAAAUGGCGGAAUAUGCAUCAGAAAGGCUUUUAGAGCUUGAACCUCAGCAUCCUGGUAGCUAUGUAUUUCUGUCAAAUGCUUAUGCUGGAGUAGGCAGAUGGCAAGACGUAGAAAGAGUAAGAGCCAAAAUGAAGAAUACGGGUGUGGUAAAAGAUCCAGGGUGGAGUUAUAUCGAGAUCGGAGGCCAAAUCACUAGUUUUGUAGCUGGUGAUCACGACCAUUCUUGUUCAGAUGAAAUACACUUAAAACUAGACGAGAUUACUAAAAGUGCACGAGAACAGGGAUAUAUGCCUGAAACGGAGUGGGUGCUUCAUAACAUUGAAGAAGAAGAGAAGGCAGAUGCAUUGGGAAGUCAUAGUGAAAAAUUGGCACUGGCCUUUGCCCUUAUUUCUGGUACUACUCCUGAAGUAAUUAGGAUUGUGAAGAACUUGAAAAUUUGUGGGGAUUGUCAUUCUUUAAUGAAGUAUGCAAGCAAAAUGACUCGAAGGGAUAUUGUAGUACGCGACAUCAAGCGAUUCCAUCAUUUCAAGAAUGGGACUUGCUCGUGCCAAGAUUAUUGGUAAAGAUGAGAACUCGGGGUGAUCAAACUUCCCCUCGGGGCCAUGGGACAUCUUCUCCAGCGCAUAUCAGAGUAUGCAACAAAAAUCCAUGGCUGCAAUCUGCCAUCUUCAUAAUCAAUAGUCUCUGGUAAUUAAAAAUUGUUCCUGAAAGCAGAUUCUUCUUCUUACAGACAGCAAAGAAAUUUGAACCAAUAUUUAACGCUAGAUUGAGAAGGAAGACGUUACAUAACAUAUUGGUCUGAUAAAAAGUUGAUUCAGAGCUUGUUUGUUAGUAGCUUCAUGGGCUAUAGAUAACUGUUUGU